GGACACUUAAUUUCUUGUGAGAAAACAGACCGAAAAUUAUUUUUUCUACAUUUAAAAUCGACGAAAAAAUUCACAAACUCACUAGCACAGCCUGAAUCGCGAGUAUUCCAUCGAGGUCUGCGGGUGAUGUCAUCACUAUAAGCUGCUGAUAGUGACGUCAAUCGCAGGCCCAAAAUUUGAUGAGGAUGGAAUUAGGGGAGUAGAGUAUGACACAAUUGACAGUUUAUCAGUGUAUGGCCGAGUUCGUUUUUGUCAUCUUUUUCGUCGAUUUGCUCCGAAAUUUUGACAGGCACGUUAUUUGUGAAUUGAAACUGUCUGAUCCAGUCACGUGUCUGUCAAAAUUUCGAAGCAAAUCGACGAAAAAGAUGACAAAAACGAACUCGGCCUCCUAUAUAGUACCUAUUUAUAUCUCACUAGAUUCUGAUUGACACAUUACAUAACCCAGCAUAAUUAGAUACUCCUGUUGUUGUAAGGUCUAUUUUCAAGUUUUCAACAUUUUACGCUCUCAAACAAAUCAUAUUUUUUCUAGUAAAUACAUAUGUACUAAAAACGUAAGUACAAUGACCAUUGAUCAAGUGUGGCCUGAUUUUUGACGUCACAACAUACGUGAGCAGUGUUGCUAGUGUUGCUAGAGCCACGUAAAACAGUCUGCGCCAUUUUGCCCCUCAAUUGAUUCUGCUGUUUUUCUUUAAAAGCAACGGCAACAUGGCAACCUAAACGGAUCUGUCAUGUAAAAGUCAAAAUGCCAUGUUGUCAACUAUCACGUCACCAAUAUUUUUGUAGCAACACAACAACACACCAUUCUUGAAAAGUGAAAAACAAAAUUCAUUCAUUCUUCAAUAGUUAAAGGGAAAAGUAGUUUUUUUUUCCGAAUUUGUAAUGAUUCUAUAAUAAAUAAAUAAUAAAAUAAAUUGUUCCUUAUCAAGUGAUUUCAGUGCUUUUUUGUUACAAUAAAUUAAAAUAAUUCUCCUAACAAUUUCAACUACUACUAGCACUAGUAGUCUAGACAAACCCUUUUCAAUGUUAGAUAUACAACAGGCGAACUUGAACACGGAAUUAUUAAGAAACGGUCAAACAAUGUCGAGAAAAAGGACCCGCAGUCAUUCGGAAGCUGAUUCGCUUGUUACAAUUCCAUUAUUACCAUUAGCAACUCAGAUUCAACCCAUUACAGCGUCAACGUGUGCAGAAGCCCCGUUCAGCGACGAACCGACAGCGCAACGCAACAGAGACGUUUGCGACUAUGCGGAGCGCAUCACCUACGAAAUGGCGCGCAGCGGAAAAGCGCUGCGACCGGUGCGCGUCUACGCAGACGGGAUUUACGAUUUGUUUCAUCAGGGACACGCGCGUCAACUGAUGCAAGCCAAAAACGUGUUUCCCAAUGUUUAUUUGAUUGUGGGAAUUUGCAGUGAUAGAAUGACGCAUAGUAAAAAAGGUCGUACUGUAAUGAACGAAAGUGAACGCUACGAAGCGGUACGUCAUUGCCGGUAUGUUGAUGAAAUUGUACGUGACGCCCCCUGGGAAGUGGACGAAUCUUUUAUGGAAAAGCACAAAAUCGACUUUAUCGCCCAUGACGACAUUCCGUACGGUACCGACGACACUAAUGACAUUUACUCCAAAUGGAAGGCCAAAGGUAUGUUUGUGGCUACUGAGCGCACCGAAGGAGUUUCGACUUCCGACAUUGUGGCUCGUAUUGUGCGCGACUAUGACAUUUACGUCAGGAGAAAUUUGGCCAGAGGCUAUUCGGCCAAGGAUUUGAAUAUUUCCUACCUCAAUGAGAAAAAGAUCAGAUUGCAGAAUAAAAUGCACGAGCUCAAAGAUAAAGGCAAAAGAGUGAUGGACUCUAUUGGCGAGAAAAAGGACGACAUGAUCUCAAAAUGGGAGGAAAAGUCUAGAGAGUUCAUCGAAAACUUUUUACUUUUGUUUGGAAAGGAACGCUUGACUAACAUAUGGCACGAGAGUAAAGAUAAAAUCCUAAACGCCCUCAGUCCACCUGGUUCACCUCCAGGCAGUCCCACCUUUGAUGGAGAUUUUGACUUUUUGGACGAAGGAGUACCUCCCAGGAAAAGUCUGCGUUUCGAAUCACCUUCUGCCUCACGAAGCUCAUCCAAAUACAAUUUGUACAGUCAAGAGGACUACAGCGACGAAGAAGACAGCUUUGCGUCAGCUAGAAGUUAGACAUGGCUACAAUUUUUAGGUAUUCGUCACCUACCUAGUGAGAAUUUAUUUUAUAUUUAUGUGUUUUUAAUAUAUUUUUUUUCAUGUGCAAGUAAUUUGAUUACUUGUCCUUGAAGAAAAGUAUCUAUUUAUUUUUUAUUAAAUUAUUUUACUAUUUAUUGUGUUUUUAUAACAAGGGUGCGAUAUGAAUGUAAAUGAUUAAAGGUAUAAUGAUAUUUUUGAAUUAAAAUUGGCCAAUUUUAGCCAAUUAAUAAUAUUUUUAGAUAGACCAACAUACAGACAGAUAUUUAUAGGGAUGAUAUUUAUUAUUAGGGCAUUUUUGAAGAUUUACAAAAUUAAUAAUUAUACCUAGUAAGUCAUAAUUAUGGAUUUUAAGUUGCAGUUGAAAUGAUUUAUAUUAUGUAUAUC